AUGGCCAAAGUUUGGGCCUGCCUGGUUAUAUCCAAGACCCCCGGCUGGAACCUUUUCGGACAAUUCAAUAUCGAAUGUGCACUGACCGGAGACUGCCAUAUCAAAACUUUCCACGCCACCGUCCGCAUCAGAUCAUCUUCUGUCGGAGGCCCUUCAAUGAACUCUAGUCGAGGCUCUUUACGAGCCAUCUCUUCAAAUACGGGU